UUAUGGCGCUUAGCAGAUACGUUCUAAACGGAUCUGCAGCUGAACGCCAUGGUAACUGGUCUCUAGCCAUAAAAGAAGGAAGACAGUUGCUCCUUACUCAGGUUCAACUACUUGAGAUCUACUUUCUAACGCACUACAUCGACAGAUACUGCUCUGAUGGCUUCCAAAUUCACCAAGCUCCUGGAACCCCUCACCAUAGGACCGCUCACAUUGCGCAAUAGAGUCGCAAUGGCAGCGCUAACGCGCUCUCGCUCUGUACCUACCAACGUUCCAAACGACAUCAACCUCGAAUACUACGUCCAACGUGCUCGCGGCGGUGCAGGGCUGAUUACAACAGAGGGAACAUUGAUCUGCCAACAAGGGACUGAGUGGCAGAAUGCACCUGGAAUAUGGAAUCAGGACCAGGUUUCUGCCUGGAAAAGGAUAACCGAUGCCGUGCACGCAGAAGGAGGCGUGAUAUUUAAUCAGAUAUGGCAUCUGGGCCGCGCCAGUCAUCCAGAUGCCCCUGAACAAAAGGCUUCGGGAAUGCCGGUUUACGCGCCCUCUGACAUCGCAGCCCGCGGGGGAAAGUUCAGGUUUUUGCCUGGUCAUCCUGGAUAUGUGACGCCCGUCGCGAUCGAAGAUCCUCGUAUUCUCAUCGACUUGUACAAACAAGCUGCUAUAAAUGCUAAGGAGGCAGGCUUUGAUGGCGUCGAACUCCAUGGCGCAAAUGGGUACCUCGUCCAUCAGUUCUUGGACUCUACGUCGAACAAGCGGACUGACGCAUACGGCGGUUCCAUCGAGAAUCGUGCCCGCUUUGGCCUCGAAAUUUUAAAGGAGCUCGUGUCCAUCUGGGGCAGUAAGAGAGUCGCAGUUCGCUUGAGCCCAGCCGGUGGAUAUAACGACAUGGGGAUGCCCUUGCAGGAGAAUAUUGACACUUUCCGAUACUUCAUCAGCCAAGCCGAUCUUCUCGACCUUGGGUAUAUUUCCCUAAUACGCCAUAUUCCAGCAAUGGACCCAGAAUUCGAUGGAAAUCACCGUGCUACGAAGCAUGACGUGCUGAAGACAUAUCGCCCAUGCAUCAAGAAAUCAGCUCUAUUACUCAAUGGCGAUCUCACCCCUGAAGAAGCCAAUCAACUCAUUGUUGCAAAGGAGAUAGACGCUGCAGUAUUCGGAACCCUCUGGAUUGGCCACCCCGAUCUUGCAAAGAGAAUCGAGCAAGAUAUCCCAUUAGAUACAAAGCUAGAUCUGAAAACCCUUUACGGAGGCGGCGCACAAAUCCCUUAUGAACAGCAGAAGAAAGGAUACACCGACUAUCCUGCGGCUCGGCUUUAAAUUUGCUAUAUGACAAGUUUCGCAAGUCAUUGUACUACUAUUACACGAUAUGAUAGGGCUCGUUACAAUGCGUGUUGUCAUGAAAUUCACUCCCGCUCUUGGUUAACUGGAUGAGGCCUUGCAAAGUGAAUCGGCGGCGUCUUGUCUACUGAAGUAUGAUAGAGAGAGGUUAUGCGGCGAUUGUCAUCUUCAUUCGCUUGAACAC